AUGGCCGCUCGCCCCCAAAACAUUGGUAUCAAGGCCAUUGAGGUCUAUUUUCCCAGCCAGUAUGUGCAACAGUCCGAGCUCGAGAAGUUCGACGGUGUCGGCACUGGAAAGUACACCAUUGGCCUUGGCCAGACCAAUAUGAGCUUCUGCGACGAUCGUGAAGACAUCUACUCGUUCGCCCUCACUGCCACGAAGAACCUGCUCCAGAAGUACAAGAUCGACCCCAAGGACAUUGGCCGCCUGGAGGUCGGCACCGAGACCAUGCUGGACAAGUCCAAGUCGGUCAAGUCGGUGUUGAUGCAGCUGUUCGGCGACAACACCAACGUUGAGGGCGUCGACACAGUGAACGCCUGCUACGGUGGCACCAAUGCCGUCUUCAACACGGUCAACUGGGUCGAGUCCAGCGGCUGGGACGGCCGUGACGGCAUUGUCGUCGCCGGCGACAUUGCUCUGUACGCCAAGGGCAACGCCCGUCCGAGCGGUGGUGCCGGUGCCGUGGCUAUGCUGAUCGGCCCCGAUGCCCCCAUCGUGUUCGAGCCCGGCCUGCGUGGCUCGUACAUGCAGCACGCCUACGACUUUUACAAGCCAGACCUGACGAGCGAAUACCCAUACGUCGACGGCCAUUACUCCAUUACCUGCUACACCCAGGCCCUGGACGCCGCAUACAAGGCCUACAACGCCCGCGAGCUCACCCUGCAGGCGCAGGCCAAGGCGCCCAGCACCGACUCCAAGACCGGCCUAGACCGUUUCGACUAUGUGGCCUUCCACGCACCAACGUGCAAGCUGGUGCAAAAGUCGUAUGCCCGCAUGCUGUACCACGACUACCUUGCCAACCCCGAGGCCGCCGUCUUUGCCGAGGUGCCGCCAGAGCUGCGCGACAUGCCAUAUGAGAAGUCGCUCACCGACAAGGUCGUCGAGAAGACAUUUAUGGCCCUGACCAAGAAGCGCUUCCAGGAGCGCGUCAGCGGCGGCAUCCAGGUGGCCACCAACUGCGGCAACAUGUACUGCGGCAGCGUGUGGGCCGGCCUCGCCAGCAUCGUCGCACAUCACGACUCGGCCUCGCUGCAGGGCAAGCGCAUCGGCCUGUUCAGCUACGGCUCCGGCCUGGCCGCCAGCUUCUGCUCCUUCCGCGUGGUCGGCAGCACCGAGGAGAUCUCCCGCAUCCUCGACAUCCCCGCCCGUCUGACUGGCCGUCGUGCCGUCUCUCCGGAGACGUACGAUGCUCUAUGUGAUCUGCGCAAGAAGGCCCAUCUCCAGAAGAGCUACAAGCCAGAAGGUGACGUGGGUAACAUUGCCAGCGGCACCUACUACCUCGUCGAGAUCGACGACAUGUUCCGUCGCCACUACGCCGUCAAGGCAUAG